UCCAAAUUUCUCUGUUUUCUUUCUCCAAAUCAUCAACACCAUUAGAAAGAAACAAAGUAUAUGUUGUGAGAAUCUCGUGUUCGUUCAAGCCAUGUGUCCUUAUUCAUGUUUGGAGUUUGUAAUUACUUGAUUCUUUUUUGAAUCCCCAACACACACACACACACACACAUUUUUUCUAUGAUCUUAACAACACACAACAAAUAACGGAGUUUCCUAUAACCCCAUUACUUGAUUCUUGAUUUUCCCAAUUUGAGAUCCUCUUUCUGAGCUGUUGAUUUUAUCAAAGAUGAACGGUGGUGAUGCUUCUUCAGCUGCUGCUCCACUGCCGUUAGAAUGGAAAUUCUCUCAGGUUUUUGGUGAACGUACGGUUGGUGAAGAAGUUCAAGAAGUUGAUAUCAUCUCAGCUAUUGAGUUUGAUAGAACUGGCGACCAUCUUGCCACUGGGGAUCGAGGGGGUAGGGUGGUAUUAUUUGAAAGGACAGAUACAAAGGAGCAUGCUGGAAGCCGAAGAGAAUUAGAGAGAAUGGAUUAUCCAGUCAUUCGGCAUCCAGAAUUCCGCUACAAGACAGAAUUUCAAAGCCAUGAGCCUGAGUUUGAUUAUCUGAAGAGUUUGGAGAUUGAGGAGAAGAUCAAUAAGAUCCGGUGGUGCCAAAUGACUAAUGGUGCCCUCUUUCUUUUGUCUACUAAUGACAAAACUAUAAAGUUUUGGAAGGUCCAAGAGAAGAAAGUUAAGAAAAUAUCUGACCUGAAUAUUGACCCUUCCAGAGGUGUUGCAGAUGGCAGCAUGCCCAGUUCAAGCGUUUCUUCCAGUCAAAAACAGUAUCUUGCAAAUGGGUGCUACACAGAUGGAUCUUCCAAAUGUUUAAGCAAUGAUUUGUCAUUGCCACCUGGGGGUCUUCCUGCAUUACGUUUACCUGUGGUUAUGAGCAGUGAGACCAGCCUUGCUGCUAGAUGUAAAAGAGUGUAUGCCCAUGCACAUGACUAUCAUAUCAAUUCUAUUUCAACUAACUGUGAUGGGGAAACAUUUAUAUCAGCUGAUGAUCUCCGUAUAAACCUUUGGAACUUGCAAGUAAGCAAUCAAAGCUUCAAUAUUGUUGAUGUCAAGCCAGCAAAUAUGGAAGAUCUAACUGAGGUGAUAACUUCAGCUGAAUUUCACCCUACCCACUGUAACAUGUUGGCUUACAGUAGUUCAAAAGGAUCAAUACGUUUGGUAGAUUUGCGGCAGUCAGCAUUGUGUGACUCGCACUCUAAAUUGUUUGAGGAACAGGAAGCUCCUGGCUCUAGAUCCUUUUUUACCGAGAUAAUUGCUUCAGUUUCAGAUAUAAAAUUUGCAAAGGCGGGAAGAUACAUACUUAGUCGUGACUAUAUGACCCUUAAGCUAUGGGAUAUAAACAUGGAUUCUGGUCCAGUUUCAACUUUUCAGGUUCACGAAUAUUUGAGACCAAAGUUAUGUGAUUUAUACGAGAAUGAUUCUAUCUAUGAUAAAUUUGAGUGUUGCCUUAGUGGUGACGGUUCGCGAGUAGCAACUGGAUCUUAUAGUAAUCUUUUUCGUGUGUUUGGGUGUGCUGCGGGAAGCACGGAAGCAACUACAUUAGAAGCGAGCAAAAACCCCAGAAGACAAGUCCAGACCCCUUCGAGGCCUUCCAGGUCCUUGAGCAGCAGUAUAACACGUGUUGUCAGGAGAGGAUCAGAAAGUCCUGGCGCUGAUGCUAAUGUUAACUCAUAUGAUUUCACUACCAAACUGCUCCACCUUGCAUGGCAUCCAACUGAAAAUUCAAUUGCAUGUGCUGCUGCAAACAGCUUGUAUAUGUAUUAUGCAUAAGUCAUGACAGGAGGAAUCGGGUUCUCUUGGUUUGCAUUUCCUGGAGUUGCUUUUUCAGAAGGCUUCUUUUCGAAUCAACUUGAGAUUCUACCAUUUCUCACUUCCAGAAUCCUUGCCGACGUAUAGUACAUGCUCUUAAUGUUAAGGUCUAGAAAUGGCUCAAAGAAUGGACAAUUUAGCAACUUAUUUGUCAAUGACCUGGCAUUCUUGUUUUCUUCUUACCAUUUUCUCCUUUACCCUUUUCGGGAUUUCCUAUGUAUCUGGUUAACGUCAGGAUAGAUGUCAUUGUUGUAGUUCUCCCUCAAUCAAAACUGAUAGAUGUGCAGAAUUCGUUAUUAGAUAAGGUAAAUGCAAUUUUACUCGAAAUCUUGCUGGAAAAA